AGCUGUUUUUUCAUCGGGUUGGCAGCAUUGUUGUGUUCUGUGUUCAUAUAACCAAAGAAUAGUAAAUUAAACAUUUUUUAACUGAACAUCAUAUAUAAUAAAUACAAGAAGAAAUGCGUGUGCCAACCGCCGUCUUCGCUUAUAAAAAUCGUGAUGCUCGUGCGCCGCAGAAAGAACACACAGUACCUUUUCAAGAAAUUCUACCUUUGCGGCUAAAAAAUAGAGUGAGCGGCAAGGCGGAUUCUUCGUCUGAUGUAGCAUGUUUACAAGAAAUGGGUGUCCUUUUUGCAUGCCUCAAAGACAAUGAAUUCGUAGAGAAGUACUGCAAUAAGGAAAUACACCAAUUCCAAAAAUGUUAUAAAUUCUAUGCAGAUUCCAAGUUCGAAGCAAAGAAAACCGUAAACCAGGGUAUAAUAACACCUGGAAAAAACUUGAACUACAAACAACUCAACAAGUACAUGAGACGAUUUCCUAAUCCGCAAUAAGCAUAGUUUUGUUUAUGUAAUAAUUAAGUGAUUUAAUAAAACACCUGCUGCAAGUCAUGUUAAAGUUUGAAACAAA